AUGCAAGUUCCACCUUAUGCUGCUUAUGCCUCCAUCGCCUCCAUCAGCGCCUACGUAUAUGGGUAAGUCAAUCAAACAACUUGUGUCGCGAGAUUAACUAUAUUCUAUCUGUCUUCACCAAAUUGCUUUGCUAGCUUUGAUACAGGAUCUAUUGGUCCAAUUACUCUGAUGGAUGACUUUGGGAGGACCUUUGGUACUUUGGACUCAACCGUCCAAGGCCUCCUCGUUUCAAUCAUCCUAAUCCCAGCGGCCAUCGUUUCCUUCGGUUCCGGCUCAAUUGCAGACCGUCUUUCCCGGACGCAUGCAAUCUGUCUCGGAUGUGCAAUCUAUGGCCUUGGAUCACUUGUCUGCAGCCUAUGCGGCUUGUAUUCUCAAUCUCAGAAGUCCGCUUUGGUAAUGUUAUUCUUUGGACGAUGUAUAUGUGGUGCUGGUGAAGGUGUUUUCCUAAGCGCCGUCACCAUAUAUACAAUCGAAGUUUCGCCGGUCCAUGCUCGCGGAAGAAUGGGUUGCAUUGUCCAGCUUUUCAUCUGCAUCGGUAUAAUGGCGGGGUAUUUUGUUUGCUAUGGAUCCAUUAACAUUCAAGGCUCUUUCUCAUGGAGACUUCCAUGGGUUCUUCAAUGCUUCACAUGUGCGAGUUUGGCAAUGGCCGUUCGAUUUAUUCCUCAUUCACCUAGAUGGCUUAUGCUCGCCGGGAGAAGGGAUGCCGCCCAUGCAGCGAUGAGGCGAUUGGGGAUCGAUGAAGAUGUGCUCUUCGGUAUCAUUGAAGAAAAGCUCAACAAUGAACAGGGCCGUGAGAAAUCGAUGGGCGGAUGGAGACAAAGUAUCAAGCAGUUCAAAGAAGCUUUUGCUCCUGAACUGCGGGGACGGACGAUAUUGGCGUUAUUCAUGCUGGGAGUCCAGCAGUUGGCUGGCAUAGACGGUCUCCUCUACUAUGCUCCCGUGCUCUUCAAGCAAGCAGGACUGAGCACUGAAAACGCGACUUUCCUCGCAAGUGGUAUAACGGGUAUUGUGAACGUUGUCUUCACUAUCGUCGGUCAAACUCUAUCCGACAAGUGGGGCCGGGUCCCAUCUAUCAUGAUUGGAGGUGUCUUCAUGGCCCUCGCGAUGACCAUCAUUGGAAUUCUUUAUUCGCUCCCUUCUCUCAAUCGGAGCGGUCAAUACGCCGUAAUCGCCUUCAUAUAUGUAUAUGUCAUUGCAUUCAUCAUGUCCUGGGCGAUUCUUAUGCGUGUCUGGGUAUCCGAAUCACAACCCUUGCGUACUCGCGCGACCGUGUCUUCGUUGGCGCUGACCCUCAACUGGGGCGUCAACUUCGUGAUCGCAUUUACCACUCCAGUAUUCUUGGGGCACGCUCCUUCAGGACCGUAUUUCCUGUGGGGCGCCGCAACGUGGUUCGCGAUCGGUAUAUUCUGGGUGUGGAUGCCGGAGACAAAGGGUACAAGCAUUGAUAGAGAAGGUCAGGACCUAUCAUUGAAGGCCAGGGUCCCUUGGGCGAGGUUGCAGCGUGGAAAGGAUAAGAAUAAACCGGAAAUCAAAAGACCGCCAUAUUCGAGACGGGGUACGUCGUGGACCUUGGCAGGUGACGAGGUGGAGAACAAAGAUGAUACAGUCGCUCGUUUGGAUGAAGAGGUGCUGUGAUGAGGAUUAAAUGUGUGGAGUACACGUUGUACGCCUUACUAUACGUUUCAUUUCAUUUUUGUAUGUCAUAUGUUUGAGGCUCGUGGAUUUCAUUAUGGGGUUAUAAAAUGAAACGUUUCAAUAAUGGGACUAUAGCGGGAUGGAAGGAGCGAUCCGCGGUUGUGGACCUACGAGGACCUAUAGCAAGUGCCUGUUUCACCUUGCAGAGCAUUAGAUACAUAUCUGUUAACAAUGUGACCAAAGAUAUACAUUAUUCUUCAUUACUAGAGUUGGAAAAUGGAUUGCUCUGGAAGAUGCCGACAAGAACGCUG